UAUUACCCUGCUACAGCGGCGGCAAACCCUCACCGGAAAAUCUUGCUAUAAGCGAUCAAUCGACUAAGAAAGAUGCUAUAUUUCAUCGUACUUUGAUGGCUUCCAACACUUCCGGCGACGAAAGGUAUGUUCCAGUCCAAAAAUCUCCCCAUUCUCAGGUACACCACACGUCGUCUCCGCCUUUUUCUCUACCUUAAAACCCAAUCACUUCACGCUUCAUCAUCUCUCCAAUGGAAGUUACAAGACGAAUCCAAAAUCACCCAAACCGAACUCACCGAACGAAUCUGCCGCCUCCUCGUCCUCCGUAGGUUCGAAGCUAUCAACAAUCUCUCCUUCGAUUUCUCCGAUGAACUCGUUGAUAAUGUUCUUAGAAAAUUGAAGUUGAACCCAUCUGCAUGUUUAAACUUCUUCGAACUAGCUUCGAAGCAGAAUUAUUUUAGACCCCAUAUUAAGUCUUACUGCAAAAUUGUUCAUAUACUUUCUAGGUGUCGAAUGUUUGAUGAAACUAGAACUUAUUUGAUCAAACUUAUAUCAUUAUGCAAAAGUAAAGGAUCAGGUUUCAUUAUUUGGGAUGAAUUGGUCCAUGUUUACAAAGAGUUUGCUUUCUCUCCAACAAUAUUCGAUAUGAUUUUGAAGAUCUAUGCUGAGAAAGGUUUAACAAAGAAUGCACUCCACGUGUUUGAUAAUAUGCCCAAGUUAGGUCGUUUGCCUAGUUCUAUCUCCUGUAAUAGUUUACUAAGUAGCUUGGUGAAAAAAGGUGAACUUCAUACAGCUUUUGCUGUUUAUGAUCAGAUAAUUCGAAAUCAAAUCGUUCCUGAUGUCUGUACAUACUCAAUUAUGGUGAAUGCUUACUGUAAAUAUGGUCGGAUCGAUACUGCUUUAGAGCUUAUCAAAGAAAUGGAAACUAUGGGGUUUUCCCCAAAUCUGGUAACUUACAAUUGUUUGAUUAAUGGGUAUAUUGAAUUGGGAGAUUUGCAGGGUGCUGAAGGAGUAAUUGGUUUAAUGAGUGAUAAUGGAAUCUCCAUGAAUAAGGUUACUUAUACUUUGCUGCUUAAGGGUUACUGUAAAUUAGGUCAGUUGAAAGAAGCUGAGCUCUUGCUGAAACGAAUGAAAGAAAAGGAUGAGCGCGCCUAUGGCGUAUUGAUCAAUGGGUAUUGCCAGAACGGUCAGAUGGAUGAUUCUGAUAGAAUUCUAAACGAAAUGAUUUCGUCAGGCCUAACGAUGAAUCUGUUUGUUUAUAAUUCGAUGAUGAAUGGCUAUUGUAGAUUUGGUCGAGUUGAUAAAGCAUUGGAGAUGUUAAUAAACAUGUCUAGUAAAUGGAAGAUGAAACCGGAUUCUUAUAGCUAUAGUAUCGUUAUAAAUGGAUACUGCAGAGAAGGACGAACAAAUGAGGCUUAUAAACUUUGCGACGAGAUGCUGAAGGAAGGAAUCGAGCCGAAUGUUGUAAUUUACAAUACCCUUUUGAAAGGCUUGUUUGGGAAAGGGGAUGUUGAAAACGCAAAACUUCUUUGGCGAUCCAUGUUGGAGAAACGUGUCAACCCGAAUGAAGUCGGAUAUUGUAUAAUGCUCGAUGGUCUUUUCAAGACUGGCGAUUAUGAAAGUGCUUUGGAUUUGUGGAAACGCUUUAUGGCUGGUUUUGUUUCGACUAGAGUCUCGUACAAUAUUAUGAUCGAUGGGCUAUUUAAGAUUGGGAAAACGGUUGAAGCCGAGGAGAUUUUGGAUAAGAUGAAGCAAUUUGGUUUAUCGCCCGAUGGAAUAACGUAUAGAACGAUGAUGGAUGGAUAUUGUAAAGAUGGGAAUAUCGAAAAAGCGUUUAGAUUGAAGGGAGAAAUGGAAAAGGAGUCGAUUCCUUUAUCGAUCGAAGCUUACAACAUGCUAAUUUACGGGUUGUUUAAAUCGAGGAGAUUAAAACGAGUUUCCGAGGUUCUUGGUGAAAUUAAAAUUAGGGGUUUUGAUUUAAAUAUCGUCACUUACGGUUCUCUUAUUUACGGUUGGUGUAGAGAAGGCAUGUUGGAUAAAGCUUUGAGUGCUUAUCACGAGCUUAUCGAAAACGGGUUUUCUCCGAAUCUCCAAAUAUACAACAUGAUUAUCAGCGGUUUAUACGCGUUUGGAAGGAUCGAUGAGGCGGAUGAUAUGUUGAAGAAACUAAUAGAUCUCGAUAAAUUCUCGGGUUCUAACAAAACCGAGGAAGUUGCGAUUCAAAACGUAGCGAUUGCUGGCUUGUGUAAGUCUGGGAAACUCGAUGAAGCGAGGAAGCUUAUGCUCGAUUUUUCUCGGAAAGGCUUUUCUCCCGAUAAUUUCACUUAUUGUAGCAUAAUCCAUGGCCUUUCGGUUUCAGGUAACUUAAUCGAAGCUUUCAAAUUACGGGAUGAGAUGUUAUCUAUUGGUCUGGUUCCUAAUAUUGUUGUAUACAAUGUUCUUAUUAAUGGUUUGUGUAAAUUUGGAUAUUUUGAAAGAGCUUUAAGUCUUUUUCGGAAACUUCAGUUGAAGGGUUUGUUUCCUAAUGUUGUUACAUACAAUACUAUGAUUGAUGGAUACUGUAAAUGUGGCGACAUUAUUGGAGCUUUUAGGUUGAAGGAUGAAAUGAUAGAAACCGGGAUAGCUCCUUCAAUUGUUACUUAUUCUUCUUUGGUGAAUGGCCUUCAUAAAACCGGUCAAUGUGAUGGUUCGGUGAAGCUCUUGGGACAACUGAUAAGGGCGGGUUUAGAUCCCAAAAUAAAGGUUGGAUAUGGGAGAAAUGUCGAUAGGAUAGAAUCGUUGAGCUACGAUGAUCGUGAUGGUUUAUAUCAACGUGUGGAAGCUGUUUGUUAACGGAUGGUUUGAAGAUGAGUGAUGAAACCGGGCUUGGAUGAUCGACGUUUGAGACACAAAGACGAAGCUUUGUUUCUUUCUGUCCACGACAACAGAUCAAAAAGUGGGCAUGAUCAUGGAUCGAACAGACGAGCUGCAGAGGUCUUAACUGAGAAGAGAAAAAAAACACGAACAUAUUGUCUGGUUCGAGCGAUGUUUGUAGCUGUUGAUGUUCUUGUCUUUGUAUAACGGAAUCGACCCAAAACGGGUCUUUAACUAAAUCAUAUGGAGCCCAUAACUCAUCAAGCGGGCAAGGUCUUCCUUCAUCUAACCUGACCCACGGCUUACCUUUUCCACUCCAAUGCAACAAACUAACAGGACCCGAAUGCAAAUCUCGACAAUUUCCAUUCAAAUUAUCUCCCCCAAGCCCAUGCUGGUUCCAACGAUGAUCAACCGGCGUAAUUCUUCCUGCAAACACCAACAAGAAUGGCGGAAGAGAACCAAGCUCAUAAAUCCUCAUCCUCUUCUGAAUCUCCAUCCACUUUUCGAUCGUCUUAGUGUAAUUCCCCUCCCUCCAACGUUCAAGAUCGAUCACCAUCACUCCCGUAUUGAAAUAACAAGCUUUCCGAUUCACAAACGUUAACGAGAGACUCGGGUUCGACCAGAAUCUACGCGUAAAAUACGAACUAAAAUUCGCGUCGCAAUAUUCUGGCGCUGCCACCACGCUGCCUCCGGCAGCGGCUGCGAGUUUGGAAAUGUCGUCGACGAGAAUUACAUCGGAGUCGAGGUAAAUGACUUUACGAAUGUGGAAUGGGAGGAGAUCGGGGAGGUAGUUACGAGCGUAGUUUAGAGGAGAAUCGAGGGCUGAUCGGAUCGAAGUUGAUAUUAGUUUGGAAAUGGAGGUGGGAUCGAAAGUGUAGAUUUGGAAUUUUAGGUAAGGGAAGGAUGAUUGAAGGAGGGAUGAGUUUUCGUUUGGGGAGUUUGCGAAGAUGAAGUGGAAUAUUAGGUUUUGCGGGCAGGUGGAGUGUUGGAGGAUUGAGAGAAUUGCAGCCAUUGUUCCGCGAAUGUAGGUUGAAUCGAGGGUCAUUGCAAUGUGAAUUGCGUCGUCGGAGGAGAGGAAAUCGACGGUUGAGAUGGAAGGGCAGUCUAGGGAGUUGUAGAAUUCGGGUGCUUCUUGAAAUUGUUGGGAAAAAGAG